UUUGUUGUGGAAAAUGGUUUACGCUAGAUCUACGUCGUAAAGUUGUUUAUUCGAUGGAAGAGAAAUCCUGACGUAAAACACAAAUGCCCAGUGAUAUCACGAGAGACCACAAGAUACAGAUGCUAUCAUCAUUAUGAAGACUGAAAGCGCCAAUUCACCGAGUGCAUUUCUUUCGAAUGUGGUAUCUCAAUCCUAUGUCAGAUGAUGACAUUGUAUAGUGGACUGUUUGAAAAGAUUUAAUUUCCAAUGGGUAAGGGACAUCACAAAGAAAGUGUCCCUGAGGUAGAAGAAAAAACACAGAUGGCGCCACCGCAGAGAAGGCGAGUCCACAGUCCACCGGACGGCGGGUGGGGCUGGAUGAUAGUGUUUUCAUCUUUCGUCAUCCACGUCAUAGCGGAUGGAAUCGUCUACUCGUUUGGGGUCUUCUUUGUGGAAUUCUUGGACUAUUUCGGAGGUGGGAAAGGAGAGACCGCCUGGGUCGGGUCUCUUGUGCCAGCCGUGACGUACACUGUGGGUCCUAUUGCCAGCGCACUGACCAAUCGCUAUGGAUGUCGCGUCAUCAGUAUCGUGGGAUCCCUUGUUGCCGGAGUGGGCUUCAUGCUGAGUCUGUUUGCGCCUAACAUAUACUACCUGUAUAUCUCAUUUGGAAUAAUGGCAGGAUUUGGUUUCGGUCUUAUUUACCUGCCUGCCAUCGUUUCCGUCGCCAAUUACUUCGAGAAAAGGAGAUCCUUUGCCACAGGCCUGGCCGUGUGCGGUUCGGGCUUCGGCACGUUCAUUUUCGCGCCCUUAACAAAAUGGCUGCUGGAUGAGUACGGGUGGAAAGGGACAAUCCUGAUCGAAGCUGGCCUCGUCCUCAACAUCAUCGUGUGCGGUGCGCUAUUUAGGCCCCUGCAGACGCGUCUGCAAAUCGAAGAGCCGACAGAAAGCAAAAUGAACAGACUGAAGAAGAACUCCGACAUCUUCAACGCCAACUUCAGCAAUGGCACUGUGAAUUUCGAGAGAAACGAGAACGGAGAAGCUAUGCAAUUGAAGGAGGAACAAGAGGAACUGUUGCCCCAUGACCUACAAGUCAACGGGAUCGUGCAUGAUAUGAGCAUCAUUAGAUCCCUGGAGAUGUUCGUCCAGCCGCAGGGGACUGCAGCAGAUAUUGUGAGGAUGUGCGCCAGCAACAGAGAACUUAAACCAAACGCCCUGGAACAGGAUGCCAAAGCGUCUGCUGGUUCAGAAGGCCAGGAUCUGGAGCUGUCGCCAGCCAGUUUGGCCUGCAGCGAUGGAGCGCUGCACCACGUUAAGAGCACAGCGCUGCGCCCCAGACUCGUGCUGCCGAGCAACCACCACCACCGGCGUCUGUCAUCCCACACGGGGCCCAUGUACAGAAAGGACAUCUUCUACAGAGCCAGCCUUCAGACCAUCCCCAUGUUCAGGUCCCAUCCUGACGUGUACAUAGCUAGCGUUACGUCCAUCCCGGACGAAUCGUCCGAGUCCAGCGUGGAGUGGAGCACCUGCGCUUGUCUAAAGCCCUCCCGGGAGUUCAGGGACACCUUCAACCAGAUGCUGCAGUUCUCCCUGCUCAAGGACGGAGUCUUCCUCAUGUUCGUCAUCUCAAACUUUCUCACCAGCAUUGGGUUUAACAUGCCCUUCAUUUACCUGCCGGACCGCGCGAUCCAGUCCGGAGUGGAGAAGAACGACGCGGCCUUUCUCCUGUCUGUGGUCGGAAUCGCCAACACCUUUGGUCGAGUCCUCUUUGGAUGGCUGUCUGAUAGGAGCGGUGUAAACCGACUGAUGUUGUACAGUUGUUCCCUCACCAUCUGUGGCAUCGGCACGGCGCUCAGUCCGUUUUGUGGAGGGUCGUAUCCCCUCCUCGUGGGGUACGCAGCUCUGUUUGGAAUAUUUAUCGGUGUGUAUGUGUCGCUGACCUCGGUGGUUCUGGUGGACUUGCUUGGCCUUGACCGUUUGACCAACUCGUUCGGGCUGGUGCUCCUGUUUCAAGGAGGAGCCACCUUCAUCGGACCUCCGCUGGCGGGUUGGAUGUAUGACUGGACCGGAAGUUACGACAUUUCAUUCCACGUGAUGGGAGCAAUGGUUGCCCUAAGUGGUAUUAUGCUUUACUUCAUCCCAUUGGUUGAGUGGUACCGGAAGCGAAAGAAAUUAUUGUCAGGCCAGAUGAGUACUUAUGAGUUUGAAAUUAGAGUACCCGAAAUGAGAAAAGGAACCACGUCUGCUUAGAAGUCUGCCAGGAAUAUCACGAGUUCGUCUAUCCACUUCCAUAGAAGGAAAGGGAAAAUACCAGUGCCUCUUGAAUCCAAACUACGCAAUAUGUCUCAUUAAUAGUCUUCUUUUG